AUUUACAUUUUCUAUGGGUCCCGACUAGUAGUGUAUCCUCCUGCCCGCUGCCGCUGGCUGUAGUCAACACUCCUCCGAGCCGUCCCACCUCAACCUCAACCCGGGGAGCAACCGUACACCCAUGCGUGGACCGCACCGCUUUGCUCGCUUUAAAAAUUCACGAAGUUGACUUGGACACUUUACGAGGAGACCCGUGCGCCCCCGGCCUCUCCCUGUCCCCGCCCCCUCGCAGUGUCAUGGCGGAGCCGGACUACCUGGAGGACCCCUGUGAUGAGCUCAUCAAGCCCAAGAAGCUCCUUAACCCAGUCAAGAGCUCCAGGAACCACCAGGACCUGCACCGCGAGCUGCUCAUGAACCAGAAGAGAGGCCUGGCUCCUCAGAACAAGCCUGAGCUGCAGAAGGUGCUGGAGAAGAGGAAGAGAGAGCAGGUUCUCAAGGCUCAGAGGGAGGAGCAAGAAGCCCACAAGAAGAGGAGUGACCUGGAGAUUGAGCUGCUCAAACGCCAGCAGAAACUCGAGCAGCUUGAACUGGAGCAGCAGAAAAACGAGGAAGAGCAAGAGAACACACCUGAAUUUGUCAAGAUGAAGAGCAACCUUCGCCGGACCAGACAGGAGGAGGGGGGAGAGGAGCGGACCACCUAAACCCACACUCAGAGCUAGAGAAGAGGGGAGAGGACCACCUAAACCUACACCCAGAGCUGGAGGAGGGGGGAGAGGAGCGGAUCACCUUCACCUAUAGCAAGGGCUGUCAAAAGUAUUGUAAAUCAAAUACUAAUCGAUACUAAAACUAGAUACUCAUUUGAGCAGGUAUUGAUACUAAAAAAGCCCCAUUCACAGAACAGAAUGAACCUUUCCUGAAUAGCUUUAGAAUGAUCUUGUGCUGAGCAGGUAUAAGACCACAUAGACUAUUAUACACCCAUGGAUCUCUGUGGAACCUACAUGGCUGACUGAGGGAUUACACAUAUAUAAAGCCACAUGGUAAUAUAAACAGAAGUACAACAGUUUAAUGUGGAAAAUUACAUUCUAUUGUCUAAAGAAAGAAUGUUUUUAAUUAUCAUCAUGGUAUCGGAAUCAGUAUCAAGCCUAUUCCUUAGUAUUGAAGUUGAGUUCAAAAUUUUAGUAUCGUGACAACACUGCCCAGAGUAGGGGGGAGGAAUGGACCGCUUUUACCCACACGAGAGGGGAGAUAGCUGGGAAUUCCACAACUGUGGGCCUACCUAGCUAUGUGCUCACCAAACUGUUCACCACUUUUACCGAGAGUCUUGUUAGAGAGUAUUAUUUUUGGACCAGGACUCUUUUUUUUUUUUUCUCCUCCUGCCUUCCCAUGCCUUCACACAGCUCCAGUUGCUCCCCCUGCAGGCCGGACCUCACCCUAAAUGAACUUGUUACAGAAUACAAGGCAAUUUUCCGAGCUUCCACGGACAGAGGAACAAAAAUGUCUUUCUAUGUUUUGCUGCCAUUUCUCUUGAUAUAAGUGUUGUCGAAUUUUGUUUUAGUUUUUUGUUUUUCAAUCAAAUGAGGAAAAGUGGACACUGGAUGGACUCUCAAAGCUGUGUAUUGUAAAGCCAAACCUAAUGUGCGUUUCUGUUAUUUAUGUUUAUAGUUUUUAGGACAUGUUUUAGUCGUAUUUUUAUUUUAGUUUUACCGUAUAGUUUUCAAAAAGCCAGAUGAGGACAAAGGGAGUGGUGUGACCAAUUUGCAAAAGAUUAUUAAUAUAAUUUUUUAUCAACAUGCCGUUUGUUCAGCUAAAGCAAUUUGAAGCAAUAUGAAAGUGGCAUGAGAGUGACCUUUUCUUUAUGUAUUCUGUUGUUUUGUAUAAAUAAACAUGUUAAUUUAA